GUAUUUCUUGGCACACCACUGGCUGGAUGUGAUUGCUGGAUACGCGGAGGGCUGCGCUGUGUCGCUGCUCGCAGCCAAGGUGAUCCGCAUGCACGAGGAGGGCUUCGAUACAAGGCAGCUCAUGGGGCUGCUCGCAGCCGGCGUAGGUCUCGGCAUGGCAAUGAAGCUCACGAAGCGCCUCUACAGCGGGCCGGCCAAAACAAGCCACCUGACAUCCUUUUGUUUUGUGGGGUUUAGGUUGGAGGCUGAGGAUGAGGGCGACGCAUCGGAGAAGCGACUCGAGAUGCUCGCCGAGCUCGCUGCGUCGGGAGAGCUACGCCUUGAAGACCUCACGGAGGAGGAGGCAGAGUCCUUCCGGGUCGCGCUGAAGAGCGGGGAUUUGGGCCGUGCUCUGGGUGCCUGGCAGCCGUGGUGGCAGAAAGUCGCCGCUGUGGACCUCCUCUCCUUGGAUGAGGACGAUGUUUCCGGCCUCGAAGGCGACGAGUCCCUGCACCAGGAUCCCCCAAGACACCUCUGCUGCUCUGCAGAUGGGAGCCGACAGGCACACCCCUCCGUUGUCUUCACAGUCCUCGAGGCGCUGUUCGCCUACGUCCACACGCUCCGCGCCUUCAACGGCGACUGGAGAUGGGACCCUCUGCAGGCGGCAGCGCACAUGUUUCAUCUCGGCAAAGGUAUUUGGGCCCACCAAGUGCACGAGUCAGCAACCAGCACGCUUCAAGCGCUUUGGCAGCUAGCCUCAAAGCUUCCGGGUGGCGGCUUUGGAGCGAAGUUUGACCGCCAUUGCGUCGGCGACGUGGCCACCAUCCUCAGCCGGGGAGUUGGUUCUCCCAAAGAGUGGGUAGGCACGGGGAAGGCUCGGGCCCUCCGCGAAGCCACGGACCUAGCCACGGCCGCCGCAGACGCCGCGGAGGAGGGCCAAGUUCGCGGAGCGGCCCGGCUGCGACGCGGAGUCAAGAAGCUGGACUUCCUCACUUCUUUCGCCUGGCACCAUCCAGAGGCUUUGGGCGCUGACUUAGCAGCCCAAGUACAGGCACUCGAGGAGGUGCUGCAAGGUUAUGGCCAGCGGCUGGAGGAUGUCUCCAAGAGGCAUUCAGCGAGGACUGACGGAAUAGCAUUGCCCGAAAGGUCCUGA